GCUGCAAACCUGAAUUCAGUGCGAACCUUUGGGACAGAUGAGUGAAUCCUGGGACUUUGUAACUUCCAACAUUUCUCUGCUGAAUGCAAACCAAGAAUAGGCUUUUAAAUAAGAAGAUCUCAGUGGUGGUGACAUAAUCACUGGUGUAAAGACAGAUUUAGAGAGCCUGCAGAGGUCUGUGGACGUCUGUAGGUCACAGUAAAACUUGUAAGAUAUUAAGUGUGUAUUUCUUUUCCUCUGUGUUAUACGUCUGUCUCUCCGUGUGGCAUUUGCAUGUCUGUGUGGGUUCUCUGGCUUCCUCAGACCAACUGCAUGUCAGUCCAGACGUGCAGUCGGGAGGUUAUGUGAAAUGCACUCGCUUUCUGCAUGUUCCUUUAUGGCUUACAGACACACACACUAACUCAUACCCUACCACACUUAAACACACAGACACGCACCAAAUCUCGUCCAGGAGAUACAUUACUGUCAGGAGUCUUUUUGCUUCCUACUAAUGUAAGAAUCCUUCCAAGGAGACAGAUUAAAUUCUAUUACAUGCCUCAGUGUGUUUCUAUGUAUAUACUGUAGUUUAUUUCAUUGGUAGCCUGUCCAGGAUGUACCUGGCCUCUCACCCUAUGGCAGCUGGGAUAGGCUCCAGCCCACCUCCGCGACCCUGAAAUGCACUAUAAAUGGUCAGGCAUUGAGAAAAAUGUUCCAUCUCAUUAACUUCAGAAGUUUAAAACCUUUACUGAAAAUGCAAAUCGUUUAAAUGCAUAAUAAUAAUAAUAAUAAUAAUAGAGUCAGAUAUUUUCUGUUUGGAGUUUUCUCCCGUUUAUCCUGCCGAGGUGCUGUUCCGUGUCAGCCCAGCAGGAGGCAGAGUCUCACACGAACCCGAAAACGACGAGAACACGAAGAAGAGUUGCUAACGCGGAAGUCGUCCGGGAUCUUAUCUUCACCUGGCUGGAGUUUUGUUCCCCGUGCAAUUUACUCUUUCCUCUGGUGGACGUUUUAAGCGGGAUGGCGGGUCGUGAUGCAUUGGUCGGUGCGAGCGUGCUGAAAAGUUAACGGGCGGUUGAUAUCCGGUGCGGGUCAAUGGACGCCAGGACCUGAGCUGCUGUUUUGACAGCUGUGGUGAUCCGCCAGCACCGUGUCCAUCUGUCCGUGUGAGGAGCCGCAGAGAGCGGACAGCGCAAGACCGAACUGAGCGUCUGCAAAGUUACUGGUGAGCGGACCGAAAGGUGAGACCAACCGUCGGCAUUUCCCACCGCCUCGGAGUAAAACACCUGCUCCUGUUCUUGCACCCCCCGGCUCUGUUCUCCUCUGCUCAUCUUCAGUCUCCAGCUGCUCGCCGAAACGUGGCCAUGGCUUCUCCCCGGCUCAAGUACCUCUCACUGGGUGUGCUGGUGUUCCAGACCACCUCCCUGGUGCUCACCAUGCGUUACUCCCGCACCCUGCAGGCCGAGGGCCCGCGGUACCUGGCCUCAUCAGCGGUGGUGGUGGCCGAGGUCAUGAAGAUCCUCACCUGCGUCCUGCUGGUCUUCAAGGAGCACAGUUACAGCAUGCGCGCUCUCAACAGCGUCCUCCGUCAAGAAAUCAUUCACAAACCCGUAGAAACACUGAAGCUGGCGAUCCCCUCAGGGAUCUACACACUGCAGAACAACCUGCUGUAUGUCGCCCUCUCCAACCUGGACGCAGCCACCUACCAGGUGACGUACCAGCUGAAGAUCCUGACCACGGCCCUGUUCUCGGUGUCCAUGCUGGGCCGCAGGCUGGGCGUGUACCAGUGGCUCUCGCUGCUGAUUCUCAUGGCUGGCGUGGCCCUCGUGCAGUGGCCCUCUGACUCUGCCUCCGAGAAGGAGGCCCCGUCUGCUGGCUCCCAGUUCGUCGGCCUCGCCGCAGUGCUGGUGGCGUGCUUCUCCAGCGGCUUCGCUGGUGUCUACUUUGAGAAGAUCUUGAAAGAGAGCAAACAGAGCGUGUGGGUCCGCAACAUCCAGCUGGGGAUGUUCGGCCUGGUGUUCGGGCUCCUCGGGAUGAUGGCCUAUGAUGGGGAGCGAGUGAGGGAGUCUGGAAUGUUUCAGGGAUACAACACGGUCACCUGGACUGUUGUAGCACUGCAGGCCCUGGGUGGUCUGGUCAUAGCAGCGGUCAUCAAGUACGCAGACAACAUCCUCAAGGGCUUCGCUACGUCACUCUCCAUCAUCCUGUCAACGCUGAUAUCGUACUUCUUGCUGCAGGACUUUGACCCAACCAGUGUUUUCUUCCUCGGGGCCGUUUUAGUCAUCGCGGCCACUUUCCUGUACGGCUACGAAGGCAAGCCUUCCCCCAAUCCCAGCAGGGCGUAGGACACACGGCUGAAACUACAGCAGCUGCGGGAGGUCGUGAAGACACGAAGGGAAAGGAGGCCUGGACUGCCUUUAUGUUUUCACAUAUAGUGUGAAAACAUAACGGAGGAUGUAAGCAGGUUUGGAUCAGAGGAAGGUUUGUUUUGUUUUGUUUUUUAAUUUUAUAACAACGCUGUGACAAGUCUCACACCAAAAGUGCCUCAGCUGAGAAGGAGAAGCAAGGAGAGACGAAACCAGGAGGGCGUUUUACUUUUCUUCUGUGAUUACAACAGCGCACAUAAUCCAGCGCCCGGUGAAGGGAAACUGGACCGACUGAUUGUCUUCACCAGGAACUAGUUUGACUGCCUGUUAGUGUUACGGCCACAUCAGUCACCCAGUGUAACAAAGGAGCAAAGAACCAGAGGGUGGGCCUUUCUAACUAUUCUUCCAAGCCACAUUUGCCACGUAGCCCAGUGGCUGCCGCCUUCACCUUGGGGUGUUUAACGCUCUAACAGGUACUCCUGUCCUGUUUAAGCUCAGAGUCAGAAUGAGCUUCAGCUCUGAAACUACAACACCAAGCGGAGACGUUACACUGAAUAUUGGAAAUCAUGUUAAUGUUUGGUGUAAGUAUUUGCACUGUUGACAUUUAAAUCUAUAAAUUAAUUGGCGGUUUAACUUAUUCAUUAGGCUUAGCUUAGUUUUCAGAACCACUGUUGACGGUUAGCGUGUCCUCUGCCUGUGUAACAGUGUCAUUUGGUGAUUUUUGUGGCGGAAUAAUCAGAAUGUGGUCCAAUGAAACUGAAGCUGGUUACAUCAUUUACAGAGAAAGUAACGUUUGAUUUGAUGAUUUUUUUUUUUUUUUUUUUUUUCUGAAACUACUUUUUUUUUUGGGAUAAAGCGGGUAUAAUUAAGAACUUUAUUAUUUUAAUUACCAAUAUGUGAAUCUUUUAUAAA